GAGAGUAGGAAAGAAAAAAAAAUAGAGGUUGUGGAAUAAACUGCCAAAGUCCAUCACACUCUGUGACUGUGACCAUAGAAAUAGCUUCCGUUUAUCGCAUUACGUAACCCCCCUACCGAUUCAGAAAUCAAACUCUCUGCUUCACCGCUAAAAUGUCAGGCUUAUCUCUUGCUCACCGAAACCUGAGCGUUAGCGGCAACUGCAUUCUCAACGAUGUUCGUCAAAAUAUCUUUCUAACUCCUGCCGGAACUGAGCAGGGGAGUUUCAUCGGUCUCAACUCCGAUCACCGCGGCAGUCGCGUCGUCUUUCUGGUAGGAAAAAUCAGAAGAUUGAGAUUUUUAUGCCGCUACCGAUUCAAAUUGUGGUGGAUGACUCAGUGGAUAGGGACACGUGGCCAGGAUAUACCGUGUGAAACUCGGUUUUUAUUGGUGUAGGUGCCGAAUUCAGCUCACUACAUUGUUUUCUUGCCGGUUAUCGAAGGGGAUUUCAGGGCUGUGAUUCAGGGAAAUGCGCAUGAUGAGCUUGAAAUCUGCUUGGAAAGUGGUAAUUUAGUUAUCUAAUGCAUUUUUAUGGCUGUUUUCACCGCAUUCGGGUAGGCCAAAUUCCAAGAAACUACCUCCUGCGAGGUAGUAUCCGUCGUUUGUUCCCACAAAAAAAAAGUUUCCAGAGAGGGGAAAGACGCGUGAGCUUCUCGCGUGUUUACUUAUAGACGCGUCUUCCUCUCGCGUGUUUACUUAUAGACGCGUCUUCCUCUCGUGUCUCUAAAAAGAAACACGCAUUCUGCUAUCGCGUCUCUAAACAUACACGCGUCAGGCUGAUGUGUGUCUCCCUUGGAUACAAAAAUCAGUCCAGGCUGCUUCUCUGCCUCUCACAGAAUGCGAAAACUGCUUCUGCUUCGUCGCCCCAUUCAUCCCAACCAGUAAAAAUCAAACCCUAAUCCGACAUUUAGCUGCUCCCAUUCCAAUUUGAAGUGUUGUUAGGUUUGAUGGUGUUUGUGAGUUUAUAUUGGGAUGGGAAAAUUAUUCAGCUCUCGGGUUUGGGUGUUGCUUAUGAUCUCCCUCGUGCAAAAUCAUUUAUUAUAUUGAAUGAAAAGAUAUCUUAUUAUCAGCUAGUUUCAAUGAUAUGUGAAAAAAUUGAAAUUAAUUUGGAUGCACAUACGAUUGAUUUAACAUGGAGGCAUCCUGUGGUUUUUAGUGGAGUGGUGAAUUAUAUAGCUACACCAGUGGAUGAUAAUUUGUUGGAGUAUAUGUUUGCUGAAAAUCCACGUCAAAUUGAACUUUUUAUUGAAUAUACUCCUGUGACUACUGCGUUGCAAUUUGAACCACCUAUCACUCAGCAUGAUGUUGGAACGUCUAGGAGAGAUGAUUAUCAUAGUUUUGAUGUCGGGACAUCUAGGAUGGAUGAUGAAUAUCAUAGCUUUGAAUUCAACACAUUUGGGAGGGAGGUUGAUGAACAACUAGAUGUACCAAAUGUGACAUGUGAUGAUUAUGAUGGUUCAGAUGGUUCUCAUAAUUAUGAUGGUUCUGAUAAUUGUGAUGGUUUAGAUGGUUCUGAUAAUUGUGCUGGUUUAGAUGGUUCUGAUUGUGAUGGUUCCGAUGGUUCUCAACCAAGUAAUCUCGAUUAUAGUGCAGAAUCAUGUGAAGAUUCUACAGACGACGAGACACUUGAAAUCAUGGUUGAGAAUUAUGUACAACCAUCUGUUCGUGGGGAGCAACCUGUUCCCGACUAUGUGCCUGAAGGGUUACCAUUCUUUCGAUCAUUACCAUGUGAAGGCAGCCGAGGUUACGUUUCAGAAGAUACCGUUUUCCUUCAUCUCGCUUUGAAGGGGAUAGAAGCCCAACAGUUCAUCACAUAAACUCUUCCACCCAGAUUCACAAUACCCAUUUCCUGUAAAGGGUACUCCAUCUGCACGUAGUGCCCAUAAUACUUGAACGUCAUGUAAUGUAAUAGUAGCUUCUCCUACGGUAAGAUGGAAUGUAUGUGUCUCUGGCCUCCAACGUUCAACCAAAGCUGUGAUCAAAGCAUGAUCUACAUCUAGAGCCUUCCCACAGUAAAAAACCCCACCGAAACCAAAUCUGCAGACAUAAUCAAUCACGCGUCUGUGAUGAUUAUCUAUUUCCCAAAAAUGGCCCUCAAAGCGCCGAAUAUUGAAAGGAGUUGUUUCCUCGCCUGCCCACGCCUUGCGAGAUAUAUGACUGUGCUGAUAAUGAAAUACAGAAGGAUCUUCUGAUCCAUAUCACGACAUCCUAAUAUAAUCAAUAAUUAACAACAUUCGACACCAAAUUCAUCACAAAUUCAUCCCUAUUUUAACAACAAAUUCAUCACAAAUUUCAACACCAAAUUCAUCCCAAUUUCAACACCAAAUUCAUCCAAACAUGUCUUUCAUCACAAUUCAACACCAAAUUCAUCACAAAUUUCAACAUCAAAUUCAACCCAAUUUCAACACCAAAUUCAACACCAAAUUCAUCACAACACCAAACAUUCGAAACCAAUUUCAAUAUUUCAACAAAAAUUCGACAUCAAUUUCAAUAUUUUAACAAAAAUUCGCCACCAAUUUCAAUAAUUCAACAAAAAUUCGACACCAAUUUCAAUAAUUGACAAAUUCAAUAAUUCAACCAAAAAUUUCAAAUCAUGAACCCUAAAUCUAUAAUAACCAACUAAAAUCGAAAUUAAGGGUAAAAUCUUACUAACAACACUUAAAAGAGGAAUGAGAGCAGCUAUAUGUCGGAUUCACUUCGAUUUUCGUCGGCUAGAUGACGAUUUCGCAGCUUAUCACCGUGCAGAGAGGGGGAGCGCUGGGAGUGAGGAAGAGGGCAGAAACUCGUAAUUUCAUUCAUUCAAACACGCAUCAGCUUAUCGCGUGUAUAAAUUCAAACACGCAUGAGCAAAUCGCGUGUAUAAAUUCAAACUAUAAAUUCAAACACGCAUGAGCAAAUCGCGUGUAUAAAUUCAAACAAGCAUUAGCAAAUCGCAUGUUUAAUUGAAACACGCAUGAGCAAAUCGCGUGUUUAAUUGAUACACGCGAGAGCGUCAUGCGUCUUUCCCCUCUCUGGAAACUUUUUUUUUGCGGGAACAAACGACGGAUACUACCUCCCAGGAGGUACUUUCGUGGAAUUUGGCCCAUUCGGGUAGUGUUGCGAUUCGAAUAUGGCGGUGUUUGCAGGCGAUCCUUCUGUGGAAGAAUUUGAAAGGAGGCAUUUGGUUUGUGUGCAGCUGGAACUGAUCCAUAUAGCGUAGUUGAAGAUUCAAUCAAGUCCUUGCAAAGAAAUCUCCAGACGUUCCGUCAUCGUAAUGAGAAAGAGAUGCCUGAUAUACUGAACUGGUUUGGAUGGUGCACGUGGGAUGCUUUUUAUACUGAUGUCACUGCUGAGGGAAUUAAGAGUAAGAAGUUUGAUUGCAGGUGGAGCACCACCAAAGUUUGUCAUCAUCGAUGAUGGAUGGCAAUCGGUUGGCAUGGACCCUACUAGUACAGAAGCCAAAUUUGACGACACUGCCAAGUAAGCAAAUGUACCUAAAGGCUUAAGAACAAUGGAAUUAUUUCCUGCAUGAGCCACAGCACUGAUGCGCUGUACAACUCAAAGAAAGCAGCCACGGUCAGAGCAUCAGAUGAUUUCUUUCCAAGAGAUCCAGCAUCCCACACAAUUCAUAUAGCAUCAGUUGCAUACAACAGUGUUUUCCUUGGAGAAUUUAUGCUGCCUGAUUGGGAUAUGUUUCAUAGCUUGCAUCCUAUGGCCGAAUACCAUGGAGCUGCUCGUGCUGUAGGAGGCUGCACUAUCUAUGUCAGUGAUAAACCUGGAAACCAUGACUUUGAUGUUUUAAAGAAGCUUGUACUUCCUGAUGGCUCCACUUUGCGAGCUAAACUUCCAGGUAGACCGACAAGAGACUGCUUGUUUUCUGAUCCUACUAGAGAUGGAACAAGUCUUCUCGAAAUCUGGAACAUGAAUGAUGUCAAUGGAGUACUUGGGGUUUUCAAUUGUCAAGGAGCUUCAUGGUGCCGUACUAGUAUAAAAAAUCUGAUCCAUGAUCAACAGCCUCCAACAAUCUCUAGCACCAUCCAGCCAACAGAUGUUGAACACCUGCACAACACUGCUUGGAGUGGAUGGAAUGGAGAUUGCAUUAUGUAUUCACACAGAGGUGGAGAACUCAUUAAUGUCGGGAUGAAUACAUCUCAUCCAAUUCAACUAAAACCUCGCGAGUUCGAAGUUUUCACAGUUGCAGCUGUGAGGCAACUGGCAAAUGGUGCUGCAUUCGCACCAAUAGGUCUCGUCAAAAUGUUCAAUUCAGGCGGAGCAAUAAAACAAGUCUGCUAUGAGUCCAAGAAAGCUGGGCACGUGGAGCUAAGAGUUCGCGGAUGUGGCACAUUUGGUGCCUAUUCGUCCCUUAGGCCAAAAAGGAUCACAAGGGAUAAAUUAAAGGAGCAGGAAUUUGAUUACGAUGAAAACUCGGGACUCCUCACUCUCGAUUUACCCGUUCCGGAUGCAGAGCUGUACGAAUGGAACCUAUCAGUUGAUCUUUGAACCUUGGGUAUGUUGGUUCAAAUAAAUGAUGAAACUCCACUAGUUUGGUCCUCUGUCCAAAGAUUGCACAGGCACAUUGCUGGUGUUGCAAGUGUCCAGAUUUUUUUACUGAAUUCAAGAUUGGAUCUGUCGUUAUUAUGAGUCCAGAGCAGGAUUGCGAUCUCACCUCCAUUGGUGUUGGAGUGGAGCACCCAUUAAAAUAGGUGUAAAGUGGCAGUACUUUCUGAAGCUGCAGAUCUCAUAUCAUUUUCUUUUUAUGAAUGGUGAUUUUGGUAAGUCUUUGGAGUAACCGGUCCAAAACGGUUUGUCUCGAGCGAUGACGGUUUUGGGGUGGCAGUAUAAAAGUAGUGAAAUGUGUAAGUAUGUCUGUUGGUUUUAUACUUUUAUUUUAUGUUUGGUAUUUGGACAGAUAACAAGUCACGAGAUACCAUGUUAUACAAUGUGAUGUGUCUUGUCGUUUAUACCACAUUUCAGGAAUCUUAGGCAUAUUACUUUCUUCCA